AUGGCAGAGAGCGUGGCAGAUUUUGCAUCAAACUCUCCCUCCAUAUCUCCAGUACAAGACACGGUUCAAGUCGAGAAUGAUGAAACAUGUAUUCCAAAUGAGAAUUCAAAAGGCUUGAAAACUCCAUAUGUAGGGAUGCUUUUUGACACAAUGGAAGAGGCUAGAAACUAUUAUCAAGAUUAUGGCCGACAAAAGGGAUUUUGGAUUCGAACUCGAUCUUCAUCCAAGACAAGAAGCCGUUCAGACGAUAUAACAAGCAGACAAUUUGUUUGUGCACAUCAAGGGAAACAUGUCUCGAGAAAUAUAGUACAUGAGACUUUGGAAGAGAAUGAAGAUAGGGAAACAUGUGAGACUGAGAAUAUGAAGAAAAUGAAUAAGAAUUGUUCUACAGUGAAAUGUGGGUGUAAAGCAAGUAUGCGAAUCGUACAUGAUAGAUGGUCAAACAAAUGGAAAAUUUCAGUGUUCAAAGACGUUCACAACCACAAACCAGUUACACCAGAAAGAAGAAUGAAAAUGAAGUCAAAUAAAGUUAUGCCCAAAGCUGUAAGAGUUCUCACUGAAACAUUUCAUGAAGAAAAUUUGCCAAUUGCAAAAGUUUCUUCAAUUUUUGGUGGCACACAUAUUGGCUUUAACAAAAGAGAUUGCUAUAACCACUUGAGAAAUGUCCGACAUAGACAACUAGAUGGAGGUGAUGCUCAGUCAGUGCUUACUUAUUUCAGGAAAGAGCAAGCUGAAAAUCCUCAUUUUUUUUAUGCAAUCCAAUGUGAUGAAAACGGAAGAGCAACUAAUUUCUUUUGGGUGGAUGCUCGGUCUCGCAUGGCUUAUCAGUAUUUUGGUGAUGUUGUUACAUUCGAUACCACCUACAGGACAAACAAGUACGACAUGCCUUUUGCACCAUUCACUGGAGUAAACCACCACUGGCAGUCAAUACAGUUUGGAUGUGCACUUUUACAAGAUGAGACAGAAGUUACCUUUUUAUGGUUGUUUGAGACAUGGCUUGAAGCAAUGGGAGGACGUCAUCCGAUUACAAUUAUUACUGACCAAGACUUGGCAAUGAAAGGAGCAAUUGCGAAGGUUUUUCCAAACACUCAUCAUCGAUUAUGCCUAUGGCAUAUCAAGAAGAAGUUUGCUAAAAAGUUAUCACAUGUGUACUUCAAGAAGUCCAAGUUCAAGAUUGAGAUGAAAAAAUGUACUCGAAAGACAUAUAAGAUCGAUGAUUUUGAAGUAAAGUGGAAGGCCUUGAUGAAAGAAUAUGGGUUGGAGAAUGAUGAGUGGCUAAAAAGUUUAUAUGAGAUGCGUUCUUCUUGGGUUCCUGUUUAUAAUCGUAGAAUAUUUUUUGCAGGAAUGAAUACUACUGGACGUAGUGAGGGUAUUAAUUCCUUUUUUGAUGGAUUUGUCACACCAACAACAAAUCUUAGAGAGUUUGUUGUCAAAUAUGAACAAGCACUGAAGAAGAUUAUGGAAAGAGAAAGUGAUGAAGAUUUUGAAUCGGAACACAAGUAUCGCAUUGUCAAUGAAGGAGAAUUUCUUUUGCAGCAUGCAGCAAGUUUGUAUACUAGAAAUGUAUUCAAUAAAUUCAAGGAUGAAUGGAGUAAAGUCAAUCGGUACAAAGUUGAAGAAAUGCCACGUGACAACGAAGAUCACGCAUACAUAGUGAAAUCAAAACUCGGAGAGCAAGAAGAGUUUGUGGUGAAGCUAAAUGCGCAAACGCACAAAGGUACGUGUGAAUGCCAAAAUUUUAAGUUUGUUGGAAUACUUUGCAGACACUUGUUGAAAGUAUUUGUCCGCUUGGAUGUUAAUACAAUACCUGAACAUUUUAUUUUGCCAAGAUGGAAGCAAGAAGCAAACAAAUUUAGGAUAAUGGAUUUUAAAAGUUUGGUGACGAAUGAUGGUAAGGAAGAAUCAGAAGCCUUGAGACUUAGCCAUAUGUGUCAUCAAGCAACUAAGUUGGCUUGUACUGCAGCUUCUUCAAAUGAGGCAUACACAAUUUUCAUGGAAGCUAUAGAUGAACUAUCCAAAAAGUUGUCGGAAUAUUCUUGUCAAGAUGCAACCAUUGCUUCUUCUACAAAAGGUGACACAUGUACUAAUAUUGACUCUUCUGUACCGGUACUAUUGGACCCAUAUAUCUCACAAACUAAAGGUAGAAAGAAAGAUAAUAUUAGUAGUUCGAAAAGAAGGUUGGCGGAAAAUUCUUGUCAAGAUGAAAAUGUUGCUUCCUCAACAAAAGGUGACUCUCUACUGCUACUUUUGGACCCUAAUAUCUCACAAACAGGUAAAAAGAAGGACAAUAUUAGCAAUUCGAAAAGGAUGAAAAGUGGUAUUGAGUUGGCUCAACAAAAGAAGAAAAGAAAAUGUCGUUCAUGCAAUAAGUUAGUACGACACGACACAAGAAAUUGCCCAUCAAAUCCGAAAAGAAGAAAGAUCGAAUCAACUAAUGAAUGGAAUGAGGAACAAGAAGACUUGGGCGAAUAUGUGGAGAGUGAUGACCAAGAAUAUUUGGAGAGUGAUGAUGUUUAA